UAUUAGAUUACAAUGAAACGAAUAAUGGGAAAAACAAAAGUCUUGUCAAGACAACUCAUCCGCUAAAUUUUAUUUCAGUCAUCAGUCAGGACCGAGUCAGGUGACCAGAAUGGGUUCAGACCAGAGUACCCUCCCUGCUGGAGCCCCAGGCAGUCAUCUGAGGUCACAGAGAGAUGAGGAGAUUCCAUAUACCCAGUAUUCUAUAAGCAAACCUAUUGAUUCACAUUCCCCUCGUCAGUCCCCCAGACAGCAGAAGCCUCAAAAGGUUAUUGCGAAGCCUGAGAAAGACACCACUCCAAAGCAUGAAAUAGUUGUCGUGGCGGAUGGACACAUUCCAGUGAAAGACCCAGAUCCAGAAUUGACUAAAUUGAACACAAUCCCGGUGUUCUUUCCAAUUUUGAGAGGGUCGUUGAACAUUCCAUCAGGGAGUCGAGAGAUUGACAUCCUUGAUAAGCUUGAUCACAGACAGGUUCUCCAGUUGUGCUUGAGGUACCAAGAUCAUCUAAGGCAGUUGGCAGAGGCUGUGGCGUUUGAUCAAAAUGCUUUAUGUAUACGAAUUAAAGAGAUUGACCACACCAUCCACGUCCUAAUGAACGCCCUGACAGAGAGACAGAAAAAAUAUUCCAAAUACGUGGAGCAGUUUGGCAAAGUCAAUGAGACCCUGGGCACAUUAAAGAAAAUUCAGAGGUCAAUGGACGACAUCGUUCCGAAAAUGGAUAUGUUGAACCGUCUGUUGCCUGCGUCUGAACAACUUGAACCAUUCUCAUCAAGAACAGAGAGAGCCAUGAGCAAGCCAUAGUCUGAUCAUGAUCAGGGUAAAUUAAUUUCUGUUUAUUCAUAGAAGAAUAUAUUCAUAAACCUUGGUGCCAGAAUAGUUGAUUCUCACAUUCACGGAAGCUGAAAUGUGGUUAGAGUUAGAGCCAUGGUCAGAGUUUAGUCAAGGCAAAAGACCAAUGUGACAAUGAUAGUCAGAGUUGUAUUUUUAGGUUUGUUUUCUAUUGUCCCGCUAUUUAACUUCUUUUGUAUUGAUUCAACAGACGAAAUGAUCGAUAUUUUUUCCUUUGAAUUCUACGUACGGGCAUGGAUGUUCUGAUGACUUUGAAAAAACAGAUACAGCACAGUUCAUAUUCAUACUGCCUCUACAGUUUUGUAACAAAUAGACUUUCUGACAGGCAUAAUUCUAUUUUGUUUUUCUUUAAACCAUUGGAAAGGACUAAUCUGAUGAUAAUUUAUAUAGUUUGAUCCAGAAAAUGAUUUACUUAGUAAUUCAGCUUCUAACUGGAUAUUAUUUAUGGGAUAGAUCCUAUAAAUAUUUGUCUGUCCUGUAGCUGUUGUCCCUGAGUGAAAAUGCUUUUACUGGAUGCUAAGGAAGUUUUUUUCCUUGUAUAUAUGUGUUGUAGAAGUAAUUGAUUGUUCUGCAGGGUACAAAAAGUUUGUACUUAAGACGAGUGUAGCGAGAAAAACAAUGUGAUAAUAAUUUAUGAGUGUGAGCUCCCCAUGAUGUGAACCUUACGCUGUACAUAAAUAUAAGCAUCAACUCACUGCCCGCCAGUGUCGCGCAAGCUACAGUCAAAGUUCUUUUCCAGCUGUCUACCUUUUGUUUUAAUUUUGUUUUCCUUGGCACUUAUCUUGGUGCACUGUUCUGAACUUGUUGGGGGGAGGGGGGGUCAUUUUGCUCUUCGUCAGGUAGUUCAAUGGUAGAGGAAAGUGCAAUAAUUUUAAACACAAAAGAAGGAAGAAAUUAAUGUUUUCAUGGCACUGUGUCCAAGAAGUCUCAAUCCACCAAUUCUUCUUAGCUGUAAGUAUGUAAUUUUGUAAGCGACUUUUUUUCAAAAACUGAUCUCUGUCUCAAAUAGGGUGCCACCUUCAUUCUUUAGCAGCAUGGGAAAAAUCUUCACUUUCACGAUCUUUAUUUGUGUCUCGUGUAGCUCUAAUAUGACCCUAGUGCCCCAUUACCUUUAUUCAUGUAAUUAUAUCAUUUAACUUGAGACCUGUCACAGUAAAGGUAAAGUUGCAUGGAGCAGAGUUGCAAAAUUGCCAUACUUGCGGAUCAGUUUGGGUUCAUAUCAAAUGUGCACUUUUGUUUUACCUUUGCUUGUUUAUCCUUUCGAAAAUUAUUGUGGUGAUUGUGAUUACAUACCUUUUCUUUGUUAUAACUGAAUAAUGACAUAAAAAUUUGACGUUACAAAGUCAUUUUAUUUUAGUCGGUUGGGGGGGGGGGGGGGGAAUCAUCAGCUUAUAACACAACUCACUGUGAUGUCUGCUGAGAAGAGAUUUUUUCAUAGAUGUUGAGAAAUUAUGUCCCAGAGAACACAAGAAAACCAAUCAAAGGUACUCAUAGAUCUAGAUCUUUUUAGUCAAGGCUUUGAAUACUGGGUUGAGAAAAAAUAUUCUUGAAAGGAAGGGGGAAAUUUGUAAGUCUACUCUGAGAUUCAAUAAUUGAACUUUCGAAUUAACAUAAUCAAAUUAUUUGCCAAGUAAACAAUAGCAGCUGGUUGUAAAUAUAUGUAAUGUCUUAUUUGUGCAAUAAUCUGAUGCGCUAUUUACUUAUGAUUCUAAUUUUUCAAGCAUUGCCAUUUGUCCAUUGUUUGAAUUUUUUACCUUUAAGAAAGGAUGGAAUGUGUUAGACUUGUUUUUUGGAUAAGAGUAGGCUUCAGCCGCCACCUAGGCAAAAUUUAAAAAAACCUACCAAACUAAGAAUGUUUAAUGUGUCUCCGCGUUCUCAUAUGACAUUAUGCAGUUGCGAGUGUCGUAAAACACUUUCUUAAUUUUUUGGUGUGUUUUUCAUUUCUUGUAUGAAUACUUAUUAUGAUGUCUUUUCCCCUCAA